AUGCCUAAACGCAAGCGAGAGGACGGAGCCGGUAGCUUUAUGGCCAGCGCCUUACGGUGUGUGCUCCAAUCCAGGCUCCAAAGGAUUCUGGACAACUUACACCAAGGUGAACCGAACUGCGAUGCUCUUGCGACAAUUGCCGUGUCUGUAACGCAUAUUGAGAAGGCUAUGAAUAUUAGCUACGAAGUCCCGCACCCUCUGUACUCAGAGCUUGGGCGUGGUCGUUUGAAGUGUCGGUUUCGCAACUGCGACCAGGAGGCAAGUAACAUAUUCAACUUCAACACUCAUCUCAAGCGCUUCCAUUCCGACCUUCGCCCAUUCAUCCAGGCAACAGUGUGCCCAUCUUGUGACGUUGACUGCCGGACACCAAAGGCGCUCAACGGUCACGAAAAAAGCGAGCAUUCUGCCACAUAUAAGUCACGUCCUGAGAUGUUCACACCUUUCUUUUGCCCUUUCCAACGUAUGUCUACCCAGCUCGCCGAAGGAAGAGUGCUAAUGCUACAGCAGAUGACGAACAGUGCCUCAAGGCAUUAG